GUAAAAUAGGAAAAAGGGGAAUUCUGCACGCAAUUAGUCCUUUGAACCGUGGUUCUUUCUUGAGAGCCUCGAGUGGAGACGGGGGUUGGUUAAUAUCCUGUAGUUGUACUCCAAGAUAAAAGUGAUAUAAAAAUCUCAGAGGGGAUUAGGAUUCUGAUGCAAUACUGCUUCUUCAGCCCUGGGGCGUCAAAGCUGUGAAAUCGGCAACUGUUAUUGCGCCGAUUGGCUUCUUCGAUACAUGUUCAGGAUGGAGAUUGAUUCAUCAUCAUCAUCCGAACCCAACACGCCUCCGCUUUCUCCAAAAGAUCAUAUACUCAAGAGGCUUGUCCUGAUAGGAGUUCCUGAAGACAGACUCGAUCAUCAGGAGUCUGGCUUAGUUUCAUAUGUUAAAGAAAACAAACAUCGAAUACCAGAUAUCGUCUCUGCGGUUCUACCAACUGAUGUUGAAAUGGAAACUGCCAUGGAAGUCCAGUCAGAACCUCCUGCUAGAUCAAAGAUUGAAGAUUUACUACAUGAAAGUAUGAUCUGGUUACAGUGGUUGAUGUUUGAUGGUGAUCCUAGUGAAGUCCUACAUCGCCUGGCAAUCAUGAAUAUUGGUCAACGUGGUGUUUGUGGGGCUGUUUGGGGUCACAAUGAUAUAGCAUAUCGUUGUAGAACAUGUGAACAUGAUCCCACUUGUGCAAUUUGUGUCCCAUGUUUCCAAAAUGGUAACCACAAAGACCAUGAUUACUCCAUCAUAUAUACAGGUGGUGGAUGCUGUGAUUGUGGGGAUGUGACUGCAUGGAAACGUAGUGGCUUUUGUUCUAAACAUAAAGGAGCUGAACAGAUACAGCCACUUCAACAAGAUGUUGCAAAUACUUUAUCUCCUGUUCUUGAUUCCCUUCUCGUUUUCUGGAAGAACAAACUACUAUUUGCAGAGAGCAUUCAUCAAGAUCGUGAUCGACCCACUCUUGAUGAUAAUGUUACAGAACAGAAAAAGGUUGCAGAUGAGCUGACAUCAGCGGUGGUAGGGAUGCUUUUGGAAUUUUGCAAGUGUAGUGAAAGUUUACUCAGUUUUGUUUCUGGAAGGGUAUGCUCUUUGGUUGGUUUGUUGGAUGUUCUUGUAAUGGCAGAGAGGUUUUUAAGCACUGAAGUUGUCCGGAAGCUUCAGGAGUUACUGUUGAAAUUACUAAGUGAUCCUUUCUUCAAGUAUGAGUUUGCAAAGGCUUUUUUACGGUAUUACCCCACAGUUGUGAAUGAAGCUGUAAAAGAGUGUAAAGAUUCUAUUUUUAGAAAGUAUCCACUACUGCCGACAUUUUCUGUUCAAAUCUUCACUGUUCCUACUCUGACACCACGCCUUGUUAAGGAAAUGGAUCUUUUGGCAAUGCUGUUGGAAUGUUUGACCAAUAUAUUCAGUUCUUGUUCUAGAGAGGAUCAUCGACUACAGGUUUCCAAAUGGGGAAACUUAUAUGAAACAACGCAUCGUGUGGUUGAAGACAUUCGAUUUGUCAUGAGCCAUUCAACAAUUCCAAAAUACAUGACAUGUGACAGGCGUGAUAUCUCAAGAACAUGGAUGAAACUUUUAGCUUUUGUCCAAGGCAUGAGCCCUCAAAAAAGAGAAACAAAUAUUCACAUAGAAGAAGAAAACGAAAACAUGCAUUUACCUUUCGUUUUAGGUCAUUCAAUUGCAAAUAUUCAUGCUCUGUUAGUGGCUGGAGCAUUUUCCAACAAAGAAACAGAAGAUGAAUCAGUCAUUGAUGAACAAGAUAGUUUAAGACAUGCAAAAGUGGGAAGACUUUCACAAGAAAGCUCUGUUUCUAGUGUGACUGGGAGUGGAAGGGGUAAUGAUAGUUUCACAGUGUUGACUUCAAUUUCAUGGUUGACUUUUGAGUGUUUAAGAGCGAUUGAAAACUGGUUGAAAGUGGACAAUACAUCAGGAGAUCUUAAUUCGAGAGGAACCAAUGCUUCUGGUAGUAAUUUCUUUCAGUUAAAGAGAACACUUUCUAAGUUUAGAAAGGGAAAAACUAUCUUCAAGUCACCUUCAAGUAAAACUAUGGGUGGUGGUGUUCAUCAACGUUUGACCGGGUCAAAUGACACCAUUUCUGCAGGUUUAAGCGAUCAUCAAAUGGAAGGAGAUUAUACAAACGAAUUGGAAUCACUUAGUGUUCUAAGUUUAUCAGAUUGGCCAGAAAUUGAAUAUGAUGUUAGUUCACAGGAGAUAUCAGUACACAUUCCAUUACACCGAUUGCUGUCAUUGGUUUUACAAAGAGCAUUAAAGAGGUGUUAUGGUGAAUCUGAAUCUGAAUCUGAAUCUGGAUUGCCAGCUGUAUAUGGUGAUUUCUUUGGUCAUGUUUUAGGUGGUUGCCACCCGUAUGGAUUCUCAGCUUUUGUAAUGGAACAUCCUUUGCGAAUUAGGGUUUUCUGUAGUGAAGUUCAUGCUGGAAUGUGGAGAAAAAACGGGGAUGCUGCAAUAUUAUCUUAUGAGUGGUAUCGUUCUGUUCGAUGGUCUGAACAGGGUUUAGAACUUGAUCUAUUUCUUCUACAGUGUUGUGCUGCAUUAGCCCCUGCAGAUCUUUAUAUUGCUAGAAUCAUCGAACGUUUUGGUCUUUCAAGUUACCUUUCCUUAAAUUUGGAAAGAGCUAGUGAGUAUGAAGCGGUUUUGGUACAAGAAAUGCUAAAUCUUAUUAUACAGAUAGUAAAAGAAAGGCGAUUUUGUGGAUUAACUACAGCUCAAUGUCUACAACGUGAGUUAAUCUAUAAGCUAUCAACCGGAAACGCUACUCAUAGUCAACUGGUCAAAUCCCUUCCGCGUGACCUUUCCAAAGUCGAACAAUUUCAACAAAUUUUAGACACUGUAGCCGAGUACUCAUAUCCAUCUGGAAUCAAACAGGGUAUGUACAAAUUACGGUUGGAAUACUGGAAAGAGUUGGAUUUGUAUCAUCCUCGUUGGAACUCACGAGACUUGCAAGUUGCAGAAGAAAGAUACUUGCGUUUUUGUAGUGUGUCUGCAUUGAUGAAUCAGCUCCCAAAAUGGACAAAAAUCUAUGCUCCUCUUAAUGGGUUAGCUAAAGUUGCCACAUAUGGCGUUCUUAUAACAGCAUUGCACUUGUUGUCACUAGCUUUGGACAUUUCUCAAGCACAGAUCGAGUCACAAUCUGGUGGUUUUGAUAAUUCUAUUCCCCUUUUAGUCUUUGCUGCUGAAGAAAUAUCUACAGGGUUGAAUGAUGGAUAUGAUGAUCAAAGCUUGUUGUCGCUUCUUGUGUCGCUAAUGAGGAUAAAUAAAAAGGAAAAUGCUUAUAACUAUGUGGAGUCUGGUGGGUUUGACCUUUCUUCUUUGAUUAAGAAUCUUCUUCAGAAGUUUGCUGAGCUGGAUGCUGGAUGUUUAACAAAACUGCAAAUGUUGGCGCCUGAAGUUGUUAAUCAGUUAUCUUAUUCUAGUGAUGUGAGUAACAACAGUGCACCUGUUUCUGAUAGUGAAAAAAGAAAGGCAAAAGCACGUGAGAGACAAGCUGCGAUAAUGGAAAAGAUGAAGGCACAGCAGUCAAAGUUCAUGGAGAAUAUGACAGAAGACACUGGCUUAGAUGACACAAAUGAUCCUGAAGAAAGUCUUCCUGAUGUCGCAACUGAUUCAGAUGUACAAGUAGUCUGCUCUCUUUGUCAUGAUGCAAAUUCCAAGACUCCUGUCUCUUUUCUAAUUCUUCUCCAGAAAUCCAGGCUUGUGAGUUUACUUGACAAAGGUCCCCCAUCAUGGGAAAAAGAAGCUCAAAGAUCUGGAAAGGAACAAGUCAAUGAGGACACAUUAACAGUUAAAUCAUCUGAAACAGUAAAUUCCCAGUUAAUGGAAGUCAUUCAGACUGCAAUUAAUGAAUUUGCAUCCACUGGUCAACCAAGAGAGGUUGAUGCUUUUCUGGAGUUUAUAAAAACCCGAUUCCCUUCUCUGAACAAUAUAAAUAUUCCUCCUCAAACAGCACAUGAUAGUAGUCAAAGUCAACCAACCACAGCUUCAGCUUCGGGUGAUGCAUUUGAAGAAGAUAUGUACACAUUCAUUCUGGAUGUUAUGGAAAAUAAUGUGGGGGAAUCAGAUGUUUUGAUUGAUGAGGUGGAUUUUUCGAUUCCUGGAAGUAGUUCAUACAGUAGUUAUGAUACAAAUGAAUCUCUUUUGCUUGGAAAGUACAUUGCUUCUCUCUCUCAUGAAGUUGUAAAUAAUCCAUCAUCAUCAUCAUCAUCUUCAUCAGAAAAUGUGGGGUCCCCUAGUGGUAAGGCACAGAUAGGUGCUUCAGUUACUUCACGGUUGCCAUAUGAUGGAUUUGGGCCUUCGGAUUGUAAUGGCAUUUAUGUUACUUCUUGUGGCCAUGCUGUCCAUCAAGGUUGCCUUGAUCGUUAUCUACGCUCGCUGAAGGAAAGAUACACACGAAGGAUUGAUUUUGAAGGAGGACAUAUUGUGGAUCCAGAUCAGGGGGAGUUUUUAUGUCCUGUUUGUCGGGGCCUUGCAAAUUCUGUCCUACCUGAUUUGCCUAGAGAAGGAACGAUAAUGAAGGAGAGUGUAUCAUCCAAAAUUCCAAAUCUGUCCCCCAUGAAUGCUUCUAACUAUGAAUCAUCUGAACAUCUUCUUCUUAAACAAUCCCUAUCUCUCUUACAAGCUUCUGCAGAUGUUUCUAGAAGGAACGAAUUCCUCAAAUCUUUUCCAGUAAAACACAAAGGAGGAACAGGCGCGAAUCUUGAAUCCGUGGUUCAUUUACUACACGAAAUGUAUUUUCCAGGAAAUGAUAAAAUCUCAGGAUCAAGUCGGUUGAGUGACUCCAUGAUCAUGUGGGACACACUCAAAUAUUCCCUUGUGUCUACAGAAAUUGCUGCAAGAUCUGAAAAAACUUCACAUGCCACCAAUUAUAGCAUUAGUUCAUUGUAUGAGGAAUUAAGAUCUUCCAGUGGCUUCAUUUUGUCAUUGUUGCUGAAAAUUGUCCACAGCAUCCGUGCCCAAAAUUCUCUUGAUGUCCUUUUAAGAUUAAGAUGUAUUCAACAGUUUGCAAAGUCUAUACAUGCUGAUACUCUCAAUGAACUACCUGGUCAUACAAACAGAGUUGAAGAAAAUAUGAUGAGCAUAUUGGAAAAUGCUGACAUGGGCAUACGAUUCCCUGAUGUACAGUUUUGGACCAUGGCAUCCAAUCCUGUCCUUGCAUCUGAUCCUUUUUCAACUUUAAUGUGGAUCCUCUUCUGUCUUCCAGUCCCAUUUAUGUCCUCUGAGAAAUCAUUCUUGCCUCUUGUUCAUAUGUGCUAUGUUGUCUCCAUUACUCAGGCUGUAAUAACAUAUUUUGGGAAAAACGAAUCUGCUAUGGAUGAUUUCAGUUACCAUGAAUCUCUCAUCACAGACAUAUACAAAUUCAUGGGUGAACAUGUGUUGAUACGUCAAUAUUUUGUUUCCAAUUAUAUUGAUAGUUCUCGUGAUAUUAAGGAGACAAUUCGUAGCUUGAGCUUUCCAUUCUUAAGAAGGUGUGCACUGUUAUGGAAAUUAAUGAACUCUUCGAGUUUAGCACCGUUUAGUGGGGCCCACAGAUCAUCACAAUCAUUUGAUGAUAGAAUGGAUUUUGCUUAUGGUUUUGCUGAAGAGUUUGUUGAAAUUGAAGAGUUGGAGAAGAUGUUCAAGAUUCCAACAUUAGAGAACAUUGUUAAUGAUGAGGUGUCACGUUCUUUGGUUUUAAAAUGGUUGAAUCAUUUUGCUAGAGAAUUUGAAGUAGGGGUUUUGUACAAAACCCCUGUUGUCCCAUUUAAGUUGAUGGUUUUGCCUUACCUCUACCAAGAUCUCUUACAAAGGUACAUAAAACAGAAGUGUGUUGACUGUGGAGCAGUUCAAGAUGAACCUGCAUUAUGCUUGUUGUGUGGUAAAUUGUGCUCACCAAGCUGGAAGACAUGCUGCAGGAAUAACAAGUGCCAAACUCAUGCAAUGUCUUGUGGUGCUGGUACUGGCGUGUUUCUUUUAAUCAGGAAAACCACAAUAUUACUUCAAAGAUCUGCACGUCAGGCACGUUGGCCAUCUCCAUACUUGGAUGCAUUUGGUGAAGAGGAUGUUGAAAUGCAUAGGGGAAAGCCAUUGUAUUUGAACGAGGAACGCUAUGCAGCAUUGAGUCAUAUGGUGGCUUCUCAUGGACUUGAUCGUAGUUCAAAAGUGUUGCAUCAGACAUCAAUUGGAGCUUUUCUAAUGCUAUAGAGAUAUAUAAUAUAGUCUUCAUGUGACCUAUACUUCUACUCUACUGGAGGGUCAGGGUCAGGGUCAGGGGAGUGGCAGAUUGGGUAGGAAAUUAAGAUGAAUUUUUCAUGUUCAUGGUUAGGUGUUUAGGAGGGGCUUGAGAGAAGGUUAUUGAUGGAGCCAAGUUGCAGACACACAUACAGGGUUGAUUGGUGCACUCAAUUUGUAUGCUGAUGAAACAUUUGACUAAAGAAAAGAGUCGUUGGGUGGGGGGUGGGUAUAUGUAAAUGUAUAUGUGCAAGGGGGCUGUGUUGGUGGUGUAUGUGUGUAUGUUUGUGUCGCAGAUGCAGGAUUUGAAUUGACAUGCAACCAGAAAUGUUUUAUUUGUCAAGUUUUCUUUAAAAUUUCAAAAAAGUGUAGUGUUUUUUUUAGAUAAAAUCUAAAUACCAUGUUCCAUGUGUAUUCUAUUCAUAGAAAAAAUGAACAAUGAGUUCCUUAAUAUAAUCGACCACAAUCGUAAUCGUA